GGCGGCGCGGAGCCGGGCGCGCUUUGCGACAGAGCCGUAAAGGCGCACGCGUGGGUGCGGAGUAUGGCGCUGUACGCGGCGGCGGCGGCCGUACUGGCCGGCGUGGAGAGUCGCCAGGGCUCCCUCAAGGGGCUGGUGUACGGCAGCAGCUUCCAGAACGUGAAACAGCUGUACGCGCUGGUGUGCGAGACGCAGCGCUACUCCGCCGUGCUGGACGCCGUGAUCGCCAGCGCCGGCCUCCUCCGCGCCGAGAAGAAGCUGCGGCCGCACCUGGCCAAGGUGCUAGUAUAUGAGUUAUUGCUGGGAAGAGGCUUUAAAGGGCGCGGGGGCCGAUGGAAGCCUCUGCUGGACCGGCACCAGGCAAGGCUGAAGGCCGAGUUGGCCCGGCUCAAGGUUCGCCGAGGUGUGAGCCAGAAUGAGGACCUGUUGGAAGGGGGAUCCAAACCUGGCCCAGCCUCCCAGGUGCCUCGAUUUGUGCGAGUGAACACUCUGAAGACCUGCUCGGAGGAUGCAGUUGAUUAUUUUAAGAGACAAGGUUUCUCCUACCAGGGUCGGGCUUCCAGCCUCGAGGACAUAAGGGCCCUCAAAGGGAAGUGUUUUCUUCUGGAUUCCUUGCUGCCGGAGUUGCUUGUGUUUCCUGCCCGAACAGAUCUGCAUGAACACCCACUGUACCAAGCUGGUCACCUCAUCCUACAAGACAAGGCGAGCUCUCUCCCGGCCAUGCUGCUGGCUCCACCUCCAGGUUCCCAUGUCAUCGACGCAUGCGCUGCCCCAGGCAAUAAGACCAGUCACUUGGCUGCUCUUCUGAAGAACCAAGGGAAGAUCUUUGCCUUUGACCUGGAUGCCAAGCGGCUGGCUUCUAUGGCUACCCUGCUGGCCCGGGCCGGGGUUUCUUGCUGCGAGCUGGCUGAGCGGGACUUCCUGGAGGUCUCGCCCUCAGACCAGCGUUAUCGUCGGGUCCAGUACAUCUUGCUGGAUCCUUCUUGUAGUGGCUCUGGGAUGCUGACCAGACAGCUGGAGGAGCCCGGGCCCGGCGUACCGAGCCAGGAGCGCCUGCGAGCGCUGGCUGCCUUCCAGCAGCGGGCGCUGAGCCACGCGCUCACGUUCCCCGCCCUGCGGCGCCUCGUCUACUCCACGUGCUCCCUCUACCAGGAGGAGAACGAAGACGUGGUGCGAGCCGCCCUGCAGCGGAGCCCGGCAGCCUUCAGGCUGGCUCCUGUCCUCCCCUCCUGGCCGCACCGAGGCCUUGGCACUUUUCCAGGCGCUGAGCACUGCCUCCGGGCCUCCCCUGAGACCACGCUCACUGGUGGCUUCUUCGUUGCUGUACUGGAACGGGUAGAGGUGCCAAGCUCCGUCUCACAGGCUGAAGCAUCAGCCCCAGAAGUUACACCCAACCCAGCCCCAAAGAGAAAGAAGAGGCGGCGAAAGGCAACAGCUGCCCCCAGCUCACAGCCUGACGUGUAGCAGGUGCUCAGAGCUUUGACUCCUCAGGUCCUCCUCUCAAGCUUAGUCUCGGGCCCUCAGCCCCAGGCAGCAGUUUUUUUGAAAGGGCUCUUUUAUGGCUGGAGAAAGAAAACCAGUAACCCCGUUUCUCCAGCUGGAAAAAGCGGAUAUCCCUGUGCUGUGGGUCCCUUCCCUGGGCUCUGUUCUUGCUGGUGAGACGCACUGCUUCCCACAAAAAUAAAAGGCAGGACAUGG